UAACCAUAACAAAUUGCAUAAACUUCCGGCAAUACCAGAGAAAAACCGAAAGUAGGCCUAGAAAUAAGAUAUAAACAGUUGCUUAUUCAUAACACAUUCAUUAUGUGAUUGCAGACUCUAGAUCUAGAUCUAAUUCAAAUAUAUAGUUUUUCUUCUAGAUCUACAGACCAACGAAACUACUAUCCCACUAGUUCCAAAAUGUCUAGAAGAACUAAAGAUACCGUAAAGCUUUCAAAAUCUUUAUCUUAUUUAUUACGACAUGGGGCAGAGAAAAAAGGUUUCAAGCUUCUACCAGGUGGUUUCUUGUAUGUGGAUGACAUUUUGAAUUCCCAAGAUUUCCAGUCAGUGACGGUUGCAGAUAUUGAACAGGUUGUUGAGAACAAUGAUAAGAAAAGGUUCACGCUAGAGUCUGAUGCUGACACAGGUAGACUGAAGAUCAGGGCCAACCAGGGACACAGCAUACAGGUUGAAGACUUGGACCUUAAGCCAAUCACAGAUGCCUCAGAUUACCCUGUUGUUGUCCAUGGAACCUAUCAGAGGCCAUUUAAGUCAAUAGCAAAAGAGGGUCUGAAACGCAUGGGGAGGAUCCACAUCCAUUUUGCUCCAGGUGAACCAGGUGCUGAUGGUGUCAUCAGUGGAAUGAGGAAAUCAUGCACUGUUCUUAUAUACUUAAAUUUACAAAAAGCUCUUCAAGAUGGGUUUCAGUUUUUUCUAUCAGCUAAUAAUGUGAUACUCUCCCCUGGAAAUGGUGAUGGUGUUAUUCCCCCUGUGUAUUUUGAGAAGGUGAUCGACAGAAGUACAGGAGAGAAAAUUUUUCAAGAUGGUGCCUAUCUGAAAACUGAAAGUUUAAACCAAGUUUUAGAGAACAUUCAACUAGAGCCAGAUGUCAUGACAGCUGAAGAUGUUGCUGCAGAAUUUGAUAAAAAAGGGAAUCGAAGGAAAAAGAAGUAGAACAAGAAUGAAUUAUUUAUAAUAUUUAUUUAAAUUAUAUUGUCAGACCUGUAUGGUUAAUGUUAAACCAACAAAACUGUGUUAUGCUAGUUGACGAUUGAGGACACAGAAGUCUGUUUUUUAAUUUAUGUUGGAUGAUAGAUGACAAGAAAAUUUCUACAACUACCCAAUCACAAUAUUUCUUCUUCAUUCUGCUGUCUCAGCUUCUGCUUUCUUGUUGAGUUCAUUCGUUUUUAAACAUGGAUUUAGCAUUUCUGUUUUGUGAAUUAAAACACACCUAAGAAUUUUUGAGUAGAUUUUAUGAAUGGCUAUCAUUCACUGCUGGAAUAAAAUUAACAUUUAUUUUGUUAUA